GGAAAAAAACAUGCAAUGCAGCCCUGCCAAACAUAUUUAGAGCUGUGCAACACUGUUAGCACGUAAAAUCGACACACGAAGCGAAAGGAAAAGGGAAAAUAAUAAAAGUGCCUGAGCCAAGCAGCGAUCCGCAGCAGAAGCGUAACUCAACUAUUGGCCUGCUUGUCGCUCGAUUAUAUGAAUUGUAUGCGCGAUUCGCGAUAUCGCGGCCACAAAUCGUGCCAAGCCGAGUGCCUGAAUUGUGCAAGUGCCCAGAGUGCCAUUGGCGGCCAUCAAACGAUCGUAACGCCGCAGCCGGAGAAUAUCCAUUUUCCUGUGCCAAGCAAAAAUCCUAAAAAGAAAUAAAAAUAAAAAUAAAAAAAAUAUAUAAUUAAACAAAAAGAAAAAAAAGAAUCCACACACAGUCUCUGUGCGAGUGCUGUGUGGUGGGGAGCCCUCUUGUGUGGGCCAGAGUGAGAGAGAGCGAGCGCCCGUGUGUUUCUGCGUGUGUGUGUGUGUGUGUGUGUUGGUGCGUUUCUGUCUCUCUCUGUUUUCCUUUUUCGAUUUUGUUUUUGUGACCAAAAACGCAACAAAAACAACAAGGCAACAGAAACAGCAACAAAAACAAAGUAAAAUAUCCAGCGAUCCGUUAUUUGUGCAAGUGGGAAAGUUCACAAAAAAAAACAAAAAAAAGGAAAUUAAAAAUAAUACAAUAAUAAAACGGAAAAUAGGAAGAAAAAUAAGUAAAAAAAAGCAACAGAAGCAGCAAAAACAACAACAACACACACACACAUGCACCCACCCUCCCCCGUGUGAGUGUGUGUGUGUGAAAAAUCGAAGAAGUGCGCCGCUCUCCCCCCCACCUCCCCACCAAACAAACACAACAGCGAGAGAGAGAGAGAGAGAGAGAGGAAAAUAGUGGGGGACAAGGGAUUAUAAGGACUGCGGGGAUUAUAAGGACUACGUACCAUGUCCACCAUCGAGUUCGAGACCAUCGGCAGUCGCCUGCAAUCGUUGGAAGCGGCGCUCCAGGCCCAGAACGAGUCCCACGACCAAAUAGUGCUCUCUAAUUCGCGCGGCAGCUCCUCCACCACCACCACCACCUCCUCCUCCUCCUCCUCCUCCGUUGUCGCCGCCCACAGCCGCCAUGCACCGCCGUCAGCCGCCUCAUCCGCAUCCGCAUCCGUCACAUCCCCACCGGGCAUCGGCAUGGGUACCGGUGGCGGUAUUAGCAUAGUCCACCGGCCAGCUCCUCCAGUUCCUCAGACAGCGCCAGCCUCCGUCUCCGCCUCCUCAGGAUCCGCCUCGAGAUCAGGAUCGUCCGCGAUGCUAAGCGGCUCCUUUGUCCCGCCCACGACCAGGAGUCCCAGGCCUACGCCCAAUCUGCCAUUAAAUGUCGAUGGUGGCUCCUUCCGGCCGCGCAUCAUGCGACUUCCGCUUCCGACGCAAUCGCAUCCCUCGGAAACGGAAACGGACAAGAAACUGAAGAUCAUAAUGGCCCAGACGGGCAAGCUGAACAUCAACGGCCGGCAAUUCCCCACGGACAUCAACGAUCUGCGGCACCUGGGCGAUCUGGGCAAUGGGACCAGUGGCAACGUGGUCAAGAUGCUCCACCAGUCGAGCAACACCAUCAUUGCCGUCAAACAGAUGCGACGCACCGGCAAUGCCGAGGAGAACAAACGCAUCCUAAUGGAUCUGGAUGUGGUUCUGAAGUCGCACGACUGCAAGUACAUUGUCAAGUGUUUGGGAUGUUUUGUGCGAGAUCCGGAUGUGUGGAUCUGCAUGGAACUGAUGUCCAUGUGCUUCGACAAACUGCUCAAGCUCACCAAGAAGCCAGUGCCCGAACGUAUCCUGGGCAAGGUUACAGUGGCGACGGUUAAUGCCCUGUCGUAUCUGAAGGACAAGCACGGUGUCAUCCAUCGGGAUGUGAAGCCCUCAAACAUCCUGAUCGACGAGCGCGGGAACAUCAAGCUCUGUGAUUUCGGGAUCAGUGGUCGUCUGGUGGACUCCAAGGCUAAUACACGUUCUGCUGGCUGUGCUGCUUACAUGGCGCCGGAGCGGAUUGAUCCUAAAAAACCAAAGUACGACAUUCGGGCCGAUGUAUGGUCGCUGGGCAUAACGCUGGUGGAACUGGCCACAGCGCGAUCCCCCUACGAGGGCUGCAAUACGGACUUCGAGGUGCUGACCAAGGUGCUAGACUCGGAGCCACCAUGUCUGCCCAGCGGAGAGGGCUUCAAUUUUAGUCAAGAGUUUCAGGAUUUUGUAAUCAAGUGCCUCACAAAGAACCACCAGGAGCGACCCAAGUAUCCGGAGCUUCUGGCCCAGCCCUUUAUCCGGAUAUACGAAACAGCCAAAGUAGAUGUACCCAAUUGGUUUCAGAGCGUCCGCGGCAACGGCGCUGAUCCAGCGCUGAAGAGGGCAACAGCAGCUGGAGGUGGUUCGGGAUCAUCCGGAUAUGGCAGGGCGACUCAGAGUCCCCAAAAGACAAUAAAACCAACCCAGAUACCGAGUUACCAGCAGCAGUCGCAGUAUUUCAUGCAAUCAGCCACACAACUACCUCAAACAACAGCAACAGCAACAGCGCCAACAGGAGCAGGAUCAGGAUCAGGAUCAGGAUCGGGAUCAGCAUCAGGACCUGGUAUUGGAUCUGUGAAUUGUUUUAGCGGCAAUGGAAGUAGCAGCGGUAAUCGAAGUGGCAGUGGUAGUGGCAGCAGCAACAGUGCCAGUCCCUUGUCACCUCCAUCCGGUGCUCCAGCUGGUGGCGAUCUUAGCAAGCUCUACCGGAAAUCGCCGUUUAUGCAACGGAAACUGAGCAAUGGAUCGUCUUAUCAUCACUCGCACUACAAAUACAAUGAUGAGAGCCCCAAAAAGGAGUCCAUGUUCAGCAGCAUCGGUCAGUCGAUUCUCCGCAAUCUAACAACAUCGCCCUUUAGCCAAAAGAAACAUCAUACAGUAGCAACGACAUUAGCAACAACAACAACAACAACACUGCCGCACAACAACAAGCAAACAUACAAUACUGUUGCAACAACAGCAACAACACCAGCAACAGCAACAGCAACAGCAACAGCAACAGUGACAGCAACAACACCCACUUGGCGCCUGCCAGCGGACAAUUCCCAAACUUACGACAGCUGUGAUAGUAGUACUAAUGCGAAUCUGGGUCUCACCACGCCCUCACCCUCGCUGCAGCGGAAACAACUGACACCGGACCAACAGCAGCAGCAGCAACAGCAGCAACCUCUAAGAUUGCAGCCAGGGAAUCAAAGUCCCAUAGUGCUGCAACGCUUCUAUCAUCAACAAAAUCAGUUGCGAGAAAAGGAGGCGGCCGAACGGUAUCAGCAACAGCGCCAGCAACCACCACUGACCAGCACCAAUCCGUUUCACAGCAACUAUGUGGCGCCACCGCCCUCCACACACUCCACCUCGAGCCAAUCCUCCACUCAGUCUAACUGCUCACAAAUAGCUGUUUCGCCAUCAACCGGAAUGAGAUUGGGAUUGGGACAGGGAUCAGGAUCAGGAUCAGGAUCUGGUUCAAUAGCAGGAAUAGGAGCUGCACCCGAGGCGGCUGCCGGGCACUUCGGAGCAGGUGGCACUGGCGAGCACUUGCAAUACCAGCCACUGCCCAUUGGCGGCAGUGCCACUGACUCCGCCACUGCGUCGGCAACUACAAGUCCCUCCUCGCUCCUGCCCCGAUCCCCCGAACAACAGCCGACGGAGUAUGGUGGUGGGCAGCUGCCCGGUUCGAUGGUGACCAGUAAGUUGAGUAAACUCUACGCCCGGCGCCAGCUAUUGGGACAGAGUUCGACGACCAGCAGCGGGGCCAGCAACAGUAGCCUGGACGGAUGCAGUCGGGAGCAGCACGAUGCUGGCUGGUUCAACACACUCGCCGGCGUUAUGAAGCGGCAGUUUGCCACUUAUGUUAAAACCCAAUUGAAUUCCACAGCCACAUCACCGGUGGCGGCCAAUAGCUGCAGCAUCCCCGAACCCGAAACGAUCCAAUCUCCGCCCCAGCCACCAGCCUACAGGACUAUAGUUAACAAUGGCGGUGGAGUUAGUGGCGGUGCUGGGGCAAAGUCCUACUAUUAUCGCACCUUGUCGGCGGCGAGCAGCAGCAGCAACACCAGCCAGAGCACCUCACCCACCACAGAACCCCUGCCGGGCAGUGCAUCGGUCGGUGGCAGUUUCCUGCGUCGUGGGAUUGCUCUGGGUGGUGCUGGUGGUAGUAUGAGCACACCGCCCAGCCCACACAUCCUGGCCGGACUGGAUCGGAGGCAUCGGAGUCCGGAUCCACCGCCGCGCUACAAUCGCGGCCAAUCGCCGCUGUUGCUUAGGAAGAAUCUGCUGGAGCUGAGUGGACAGCCACCUGGUUCGCCGCUUCUACACCGAAGGUAUGUUUCGGCAUCGCCACCACUGCCACCGCCACGUCGCGGCUCGGAGAGUGUCCCGGGCUCACCGCAGCACUUCCGCACUCGCAUCCACUAUACCCCCGAGCCACAGAGACGCAUCUACCGGACGAUAGACCAAUGAGUGGCACUGCAAAUCAUGGUCAUGUGAUGCUGGUACGGCUUUGACGACGAUGCUGAUGGGGAUGGUGAUGGUGAUCCUGAUCCGGAUGAAGGAGCAGCAGCGUCGACUUCAUUAAGCGGUGGUUGCCAGGCGAAUACGGUGGCUGGAAGUCUUCCACGGCGGAUGGCUGGACGUCGGGCGUGUUCGGCGAAUGGAUCCUUCACCAGCUUAUACUCGGAGGCAGAGGCAGAGGCUGAAACGGAGGCAUGGCCAGGACCAACAGGACCAACAACACCCCGGGGCAGAGGCGGAGGAGGAGGAGCUCCGUGGUCAUGUGAUUGAUGACAGCAAACGAAAGUGUUCAAAAGUCUUAUACGUAGACAUAAGUGCUUAGCCUUCAUUUGCGAAUCAUUUUGCGAGUCAUUUGUGGGUCUGCUAACCUGUGUUCGUCCUUUAUCCUUAUAACUUCCCCGCCCCCUCCCCCCUUAUAACUGUACAUAGACGUAUAUAGGAACUAUAUAUAAAUCCGAUAUAUAUCCGAAUGAAAAGUGCAAUAGUUUGAGCCCUCUUCCCACUUGUAAUCAUGUAAUCCUCUAACUUGUAAUCUUGUAAUCAUGUAAUCUUGUAUCUUAUAACUUGUAAUCUUGUAUCUUGUAUCUUGUAAUCUUGUAUCUGUAACUGUAAUCAAAAGUUUACACUUUAUAUACACAACAAAAAAACAACAAAUAAUUGAAAUGAAAAUGAAAACUAUAGUCAUGCAUAUUACGUAGCUAGCAGUACAAUAUAUUCGACAAAGAUUUGUAUCUUCCAGGCUAUCUAUUUUUUUUUUUUUUUUAUUUCUGUAUAUAUUUCAUAGAACAUGUUCCUUCUGGCAACAGAUAUAUAUCCCAGCCUGUAUAUAGGAUUCUUCACAAAGAAAGAAAAAGAAAAGAAAAAGAAAACAAGAAAUGUAAACCCAAACCAAAAUGGAAAAAUUCUUCUGUGCGUUCAUAAAACCAACUAAAAAUUAAAUAAUUUAUUUAACAAAUAGUUGAGAGAUUCCCCCACACAUAUUCGCCCUAAAAAUAAUAUAUAUGAUUUGUAGUUUUUGUAUAUAGAGAGCGUGAGUGUGACGAAGAAAGGUCAAGGAGGUCAAGUCGUCGCAUUUUGCUGUGUUUGCAAUUUUUUUUUUUGUUUUUAGUUAAAAAAAAAAAAACCACACACCUACACACACACACACAUACAUU